AUGCUAGAAAAUAUUGUCAAUAAGCUAAGUCUUACUCAGUCAGACUUUAAAGUAGAAGACGUUGAUGAUUAUAUUUUGAGAACUCAGUUAAGAAAUGGUAAAAUCUUAGGCGAAUCAUUUGAAGACCUAGCACCUCUUUAUAAAAGUCUUUGCGACAAAUAUUUAAGCUUUAUUGAAAAAUUACUGACGUCUGGGAGUGCAAAUUUGAAAAAUAACAAUUUCGUAGAUUUUGCUAAUAACAUUUCUGAAGCAUAUAGACAUUUAGGAAUUGCCCGUGAGCACUUGGGCUAUGCAAAUUUAGAUGAGAAGCUUGAUCUUUUAAAAAUUCAAUUUAUUUCAAGCUUAAAAGAGCGAUUUAAUAACUCAAUUGCUGCAUUAGAGAAAGAACGCAUUGAAAAAAUUAAUAUCGAAGCGCUUAAAGACAAUAUUUCAAUUAUAAAAGCAGCCUCGGAUGUUCAUAAUUUGCGUAAACUUAUAGCUGAGAAUGACAUAGGCAAUCUUUUAUCAUUAAUUAUGGAAAAAUACCAAGCAUAUUUCGAAAAAUCUAACCCCCCUUUCAAAAACCGUUUUUUUGGGGUCUAAAAUAUGAACAAAUAGUCUUAUGAACAUUUAAAAGUAUUUUUGAUUUAUUUAGGGGUAGUAAGGCUCACGUUUUAUCAAUUAUAAAUAAUAAAGAAACGCGUAAUAUCUCUGAAAUCGAAGCUAACUUUGACGAAUUUGUUUUACUAAUGGAAGUUCCAGACAUAGAAUAUCUCAUAGCUGCUUCUUAUCAAGAUACGCUUCGCUCCUUAGAAUCUAAAAUCAACUUUUACAAGAAUGAAGCAAAAGGUAUUAUUAAAUCUUUCAGCAACUCGCCUGAAUCUGUAGACUUUGCACCGCUACGUGACUGCUUCGCUUGUCUUGAGUCAGGAAAAUGGAUUGAAAAAUUCAGCAAAGGAAUUUAUAGCAACGAACUUUCAGUAGUAGAAAAAGAAAUUAAUUCUUUCAUUGAUAAACUCUUGGCUGAACUAAAAGAAAUUGAUUUACUCCUCUCCUUAUAUUUAGAUAAAAUAUGGCAAUUUUAUGAGUAAAAUACUUGAUAUAAAGUUAAGGAGAGUUAGGAUAUCAGUUUCCUAUUAAUGUAUCUAAAGGAUACUCUAUCGUCCAAAAAAUGAGAGAAGUUGUACAAUUAAAAGAAUUUAUCCCUUCAGUCGAAAAUUGUGAUAAAAUCAUUAUUGGAAUAUUUGAAAAAAGAGUGCAGGAAUCGUUGAAAUUUAUUAAAAGAGAACUAAAUCCUGAAUUACAAGAUUCUGAAAGAGAAAAUAAAGAGAUUGAGAAUUUGAGAGGAAUUAGACUUAAAUACACUCAAGGUGAAGAAGCAAAAGAAAGCACAGAGAAACUUCAAGAACUUGUUAGAAAUAAUGGAUUUGAAAAUAUUGAAGAUGUGGAUAAAAAAAUAAAAGAAAUUGAAAAUUUUAUUCAAAAAUUCAAUGAGAGGCUGGAAGAAGGUACUGUCGAUGUUGAUAAAAUAGAAAAUUCAUAUCUUUAUAUUGAAGAGUGCAAAAAAAUUCCUGAGCUAUUUGAAACAACUGAAGCAAUUUCUAAAAGUAUUCUCGUAAAUUUGAUAAAUCUCUAUAAUAGAAAUUUUGGCUCUUUAACUGAAUUCUUCAAUAGUGUUCCAAUAAAAAUAAAGGCUGAACGAUUUACUGAUAUUGAGUCAAUAAAAACAUUUUCUCAUCAGACUGCUUUGCGCUUUAAAGAAAUAUUAUUAUUAAGCACAAAGUCCCCCUCAUUUUCGAAAUAUUAUGAUAUGGAGCCUUACUAUAGGAGAUAUUCCACAAAACUUGAUGAAUUGGGCGACAUUUUUAGUGAAAAGCUUAAGCUUAGUGAUGAAAAUAGCACUUUCCAAAAAAUGUCAUCGUUAUUAGUUAUAGUCAAUGAGUUUGCUAUUGUUAAUGAUAAUUUUAAAUCACUUUCAGCUAAGUAUGAAAAAAUUCUAAGCACAAAACUUACCCAAACAUGCAAAAGCAUACUAGAAUCAAUUGAAAUUCAUAGCUUUGACAGAGUAAACCAACUGAUAAAAUGCCUUGAUGAAGCAACUUGAAACGAUAAUAAAGACAUUGCUAAAGACAGAUCACAUUUUACUAUUGAAUUAAUAUUAACAGAAGCAAAAGAAAGUGCUCUAAAUAUAAGCAAUUCUAAGCUUGAUCAUCCCUUAAUAGCUAAAAUUUUAAAAAAUAUUGGCAAGGUCACAUUAGCUAAACAAAACUAA